GGCGCGGCGGAGGAGGGCGCAGAGGGACUCCCCCGGGAGAGCAGCAGCGGAGCGGCGGCCCCGACCCGCGGCCAGGACCAGCCUCCCCUGGAGCAUCCCAGCGGCGCGCAGCCUUCCGGAAGCCCCGCGGCGGCGGAGAGCGGCGCCAUGGCCAAGAACACGGCGAUCGGCAUCGACCUGGGCACCACCUACUCGUGCGUGGGCGUGUUCCAGCACGGCAAGGUGGAGAUCAUCGCCAACGACCAGGGCAACCGCACGACCCCCAGCUACGUGGCCUUCACGGACACCGAGCGGCUCAUCGGGGACGCCGCCAAGAACCAGGUGGCGCUGAACCCGCAGAACACCGUGUUCGACGCGAAGCGGCUGAUCGGCCGCAAGUUCGGCGACCCGGUGGUACAGUCGGACAUGAAGCACUGGCCGUUCCAGGUGGUGAACGACGGCGACAAGCCCAAGGUGCGCGUGAGCUACAAGGGCGAGAGCCGGGCCUUCUACCCCGAGGAGAUCUCGUCCAUGGUGCUGACCAAGAUGAAGGAGAUCGCCGAGGCCUACCUGGGCCACCCGGUGACCAACGCGGUGAUCACGGUGCCCGCCUACUUCAACGACUCGCAGCGCCAGGCCACCAAGGACGCGGGCGUGAUCGCGGGCCUGAACGUGCUGCGGAUCAUCAACGAGCCCACGGCGGCCGCCAUCGCCUACGGGCUGGACCGCUCGGGCCGGGGGGAGCGCAACGUGCUCAUCUUCGACCUGGGGGGCGGCACGUUCGACGUGUCCAUCCUGACGAUCGACGACGGCAUCUUCGAGGUGAAGGCCACGGCGGGCGACACGCACCUGGGCGGGGAGGACUUCGACAACCGGCUGGUGAGCCACUUCGUGGAGGAGUUCAAGCGCAAGCACAAGAAGGACAUCAGCCAGAACAAGCGCGCGGUGCGGCGGCUGCGCACGGCGUGCGAGCGCGCCAAGCGGACGCUGUCGUCCAGCACGCAGGCCAGCCUGGAGAUCGACUCGCUGUUCGAGGGCAUCGACUUCUACACGUCCAUCACGCGCGCGCGCUUCGAGGAGCUGUGCUCGGACCUGUUCCGCGGCACGCUGGAGCCCGUGGAGAAGGCGCUGCGGGACGCCAAGCUGGACAAGGCGCAGGUCCACGACCUGGUGCUGGUGGGCGGCUCCACGCGCAUCCCCAAGGUGCAGAAGCUGCUGCAGGACUUCUUCAACGGGCGCGACCUGAACAAGAGCAUCAACCCCGACGAGGCGGUGGCCUACGGGGCGGCGGUGCAGGCGGCCAUCCUGAUGGGGGACAAGUCGGAGAACGUGCAGGACCUGCUGCUGCUGGACGUGGCGCCGCUGUCGCUGGGGCUGGAGACGGCGGGCGGCGUGAUGACGGCGCUCAUCAAGCGCAACUCCACCAUCCCCACCAAGCAGACCCAGAUCUUCACCACCUACUCGGACAACCAGCCCGGCGUGCUGAUCCAGGUGUACGAGGGCGAGCGGGCCAUGACGCGCGACAACAACCUGCUGGGCCGCUUCGAGCUCAGCGGCAUCCCGCCGGCGCCCCGGGGCGUGCCUCAGAUCGAGGUGACCUUCGACAUCGACGCCAACGGCAUCCUCAACGUCACGGCCACCGACAAGAGCACGGGCAAGGCCAACAAGAUCACCAUCACCAACGACAAGGGCCGCCUGAGCAAGGAGGAGAUCGAGCGCAUGGUGCAGGAGGCCGAGCGCUACAAGGCGGAGGACGAGGUCCAGCGCGACAGGGUGGCCGCCAAGAACGCGCUCGAGUCCUACGCCUUCAACAUGAAGAGCUCGGUGGAGGACGAGGGCCUCAAGGGCAAGAUCAGCGAGGCCGACAAGAAGAAGGUGCUGGACAAGUGCCAGGAGGUCAUCUCGUGGCUGGACGCCAACACGCUGGCCGAGAAGGAGGAGUUCGUGCACAAGCGCGAGGAGCUGGAGCGGGUGUGCAACCCCAUCAUCAGCGCGCUGUACCAGGGGGCCGCGGGGGCCGCCGGGCCCGGGGGCUUCGGGGCCCAGGGGCCCAAGGGCGGCUCCGGGGGCUCGGGGCCCACCAUCGAGGAGGUGGAUUAGAGGCCCGUCCCUGCCCUCCCGCUGUCCUCCGGGGGGCGGGCUGCUGGCUCCUGAGGGCCGGCCGAGCGCUGGGUGUUGUCAAGUUCGUGGCUGAGUUUAUUUUAAAGUUCCAGCCUUUUGUAAGGGAACUGAGUUGCCUUUGUCAAAUUUUGAAUGCUUCUGUUCUUCACAUUCAAGUGGCUGUUAGCAGCCUCUCUGUGUAGCACAAGGCGAUUUUGCUCUCAUACCUAAUGAUGGGUAAAGUCUGUAGUAUUUUGGGGGUUUCGUACCAGUGUUGGGAGCUCAUCGCCUCAGGGGUGGUUCUUCUUCAGAGCAGCUGGAGUCGGUAUACUCCUCCCCUUCACCACACUCAGCCUUGAGACACUUUCCUAACUUUGGUCUGCUGUGCUGGAAACUUGAGCUAUCCCUUGUCCCUCUUAAAGAGUUUUGUGAUGUAACCCGCAUGUUCUUUGCACUUAAUCUAAGAACUGUAAAGCUGGCAUUUUCCUUCCAGCAAAAGAAUCAACACUGCCACCCCGUGUAGAUUUUUUUUCUCUGCAAGCCUACAAAGUAAAAAAAGAAAUUUGUUACCUAAAUAUUCACAAAUAAAGUAUUACAGCUA